UAUGCUAGGCUGUUGACCGGUCUGGCGUGGUUAAGAAUUGGUCCGUAUACUUUGACGGCUCGCUAAUGAUUGUAAAGUCUAGGCAUCAGGAGCACAGAUCAUAUGGCGGGGAUGCUGCAACCCUCCUAGACUGGGUAUUCUACCACAAUGUCCUGUACAAGUUCAGCAUACGCCAUUGGCUGCAGCGUACUAUGGAGCAGGAAAUAAUUGCAAACAGGGAGAUGGUCAUUUCUCAGGCCAUCUUCAACCCCAACCGUCAUAUCAUUCAGAGCACUCUCGGCUGCUCACUCGAGCUCCUAGAUCUCCUAGGCCAAGCUGUGGACCUGGUUAGACAAGAUCGAAAGGACCCCGAGCUCCUUACCAAAAGUCACCAGUAUGCCAUCGAUAGCCUUGAACAGCGGCUCCGUGCUGUUGAUCAGCAGCUCUGCAGUGGUAUCAACGAUGAAGAAUAUCACACUGUUGGAAGUAGGAAACACUAUACUGCGAUUGCCCAAUUAUUCCAAUUCGCAAUCCUCAUAUACCUGGAUCGCGUGGUCCGAGGGUCUCCAAUCUCUUCGCCCGCGUCUCAAACUGCUGCUGAGCAGUCGUUUAGCAUAUUGAGGGAUCUCGGCGUUUGUGAACGGCCAUUUCCCAUGUUCAUUCUGUCACUCCAGGCGGAGAGUGAUUCCGAUAGGAUACUAAUGCUUAGGAGCCUUCAGCGUACAAGGAAGGAGAGGACGUUGGGCAACCUCGACUGGACAGAACAGAUGAUACGGAGAAUAUGGGCCCAACAAGAUUUGCAUGGCACAGAGGGUGUAGAUGCACUCUUUGUUAUUAAUUCAGUUAUUAGCGCUAAUAGUGCACCGCCAUCCUUUACUUAAUAUUGCAUUAACUACCAUAUAAUAUGAGUAUAUUGUUAGGUUCG